CACCGUCCUUUACGCUUAACCCUUCUUCGAAUCCUUUGAUCAAAAAUCUUCCCCCACAUUUCAAACUCCAUUUCCAAACUCACUUUCCAAAUCAUAACUCGAAACUUCUAGAAAUCAUGGAUCAACAACCUCCCAAGUUGGCGGACACCACCGACCACAAUAGCAAGCCGGAACCUCCGGCCCAGGCCCUCAACCCCAAGCCCGAUCCUAGCCCAAAACCUGCGGACACCGCCGAGACAACCAAUGGCGAGGACAAUAAUAACUGGCAAAGUAUCGAAAUGGGAUCCGAAUCUCAGAAAACUGAUACUCAAGCUGAAACUCAGAAUAAGAUCCAAUUAGAGAAGUCCACCAAUCAGACGGAACCGUCGCCUACGGAAUCCAUGUCUAGGAAAUCGGUCCACUGGAGCCCCGAUUUGGUGACCGAAUCGCACGCUCAGAAUACUCGUAAUUUCGAUUAUAACAUGUCUGAUCGUGACGGAUCCAAUCCUUAUGUUGCUCACGCUCCGGCCGGGCAGUCCUCUUCAUUUUCUUUUAAAGAUUCGAUGGUGAAUGUGAAAGACGUGCUCGGGCGGUGGGGGAAGAGAGUUGGAGAAGCAACGAGAAAAGCUGAGGAUCUAGCGGGAAACACGUGGCAGCACUUGAAAACGGCCCCAAGUUUUGCUGAUGCUGCAAUGGGAAGACUAGCACAGGGAACUAAAGUUCUGGCAGAAGGUGGUUAUGAGAAGAUUUUCAGACAAACUUUUGAGACUGUUCCUGAGGAGGAACUUCGAAAUUCAUAUGCUUGUUACUUAUCCACAUCAGCUGGUCCGGUGAUGGGUAUCUUAUAUGUAUCUACGGCAAAGCUUGCAUUCUGUAGUGACAAUCCGCUUUCUUAUAAAUCUGGUAGUCAAAUGGAAUGGAGCUAUUAUAAGGUAGUUAUCCCAUUACAUCAGCUUAAAGCAGUUAAUCCUUCAUCAAGCAGAAACAAUCCUGCUGAGAAAUAUAUACAGGUUAUCUCUGUUGAUAAUCAUGAGUUUUGGUUCAUGGGCUUUUUAAACUACAAUGGUGCUGUCGAGUUCCUGCAGGGAACUUUGGAGACCCGUAACUUGGAGACAGUUUGAUACUUGACCUGGCUCAAGCUUUCACCCUAAUGAAAGAUGUUCUUCAUGCAACCACCAAGUUUCCAUCCAUGUUGCUGAAAGGACUUGGGGUUCGAAUUUGGAAAUUAAACUAGGUAAUUGUAGAGAUUAUGUCUGGAAUAUUUUCCGGAAGGGACGGUUAGAAAAUUAUAGACUUUCUUUUAGUCCACAUGGUUGUAAUUUUUGCGUUCAUCUUUUGUCAGGAAGCUUUAUAUUGUAUUGGAUCUUAUAUGAAUCUAGUGAAAUUUACAUUUG